AUGAUAUAUGAGGUUUCUAGAGGCAAUCCUUGGAUGAGGUCUUCACAGAAUGUAUAUUUCAGACCUUUGUUUAGGAGGAUUCUCACCCCGAAUUUGAGAGCUAUCGAAAGCUCUUUCGUAGCUCCCCCGAUUGUUCCUAUUACAAUCGUCGAGGAGACGAAAUUCUCAAAUGUAGGAAUUGGUGACAACGACAGUAUAGAACAUAUUCAUGAUAACGAGAAAGGGAAAGAUGAUGUUGUCAUUGAAGGCGACUUUGAUGAAGGAAUUGAUAAUAGGGAAAAAGGCGAGGUCGAAGCUGUUAUUGAUUGA